CCGGUUUUGACUGUGUGUCGAAUCUAGAUCGAGCACGCGUUUCGAAAACAUUCGCUUAAAUAACCAAAUGGUGCUCUUCGGUAAAUGAUGACAGGCGAAAUAAGUUUCUAUUCUCUGCGGAUUGUAAUCCUAUGCGCCCUUUUGGGACAGGGUGCCACGGACUUCAACUGUGUGUGCAACUAUCACGUGGAACUAGCCGUGCAUCAACAGGAUGAUAAAACGUCAUCUCUUGUUGGAUACAUGUACGAGUUCGACUGCAAACCGGAGGCGCCAAAUGAUAAGACAACAAGCGGUAUGCUUGCCGUAAUGUUUGAACAAAAACUAGGCUUUGUGGAAGCCGAUUCUAACGUCAUGGUUCAGAUUUGUCCAGGAAACAUUCCAGCUUUAGAUUUGUUGACGACAACAACAACCGUUGCCACACAGACCUACAGAAAGACGACACCCACGACACAAUUAACCACAACAACAACAGGGCAAACUAUCAAUACAACAACACAAACACCUACUACAACAACACCAACUACUACAACAAAACCUAAGCCUACUUCAACACUCACUAUAACAACGCAAACUACAAUUACUACAGCAGCAACAACAACUUCUACAAAACCAACUUCAACUACAACAACACCAAUAAUAACUACAGCACCAAUUACUUCUUCAUCACCAAUUACAACUACAACACCAAUAACAACAACGACACCAACUACAACAAGGACACCAAUUACAACAACGACACCAAUUACAACUACAACAUCAAUAACAACUACAACACCAAUUACAACUACAACAUCAAUUACAACAACGACACCAAUUACAACUACAACAUCAAUUACAACAACGACACCAAUUACAACUACAACACCAAUCACAACUACAACACCAAUAACAACUACAACAUCAAUUACAACUACAACACCAAUUACAACUACAACACCAAUUACAACUACAACACCAAUUACAACUACAACACCAAUUACAACUACAACACCAAUUACAACAUCAACAUCAGAUACAACUACAACACUAAUUUCAACAACACUAAUGGCAACUAAAUCAACACCAACUACUACAAAACCAACCAUAUCUGCUUAUGUUUCAACAACAGCUACACCACAAACUAAAAGCACAACUAUUUCACCCAUCUCUUUUCCAAACGCGCCUAUGAAUUUGGAUUUGAUUCACAAGGGUAUACAUAAUUGUCCUAUCUCUGAUAUGUUUGAGUUAAUUUAUCAAGUAAAACCAAACCUUAAACAACAGUAA